AUGACUCGACGAAUUGUCCGAACAGCUGCUCAGCUUGCUGGCGCUGCCCUCUUUACCUUCCUCGUUAUCGCUUUCCUCGACCGCAACUAUCGUGUCCUCCCCAACUCGAUUCAUGGCUACAUGCCAUCCCACCAUCCCGGACUUAUCGUUACCGAUGUUACAAUAGCCACAUGUUCAAGUGUCAAUCCAUUUUCUUCCUGCGAUCAAGGAAAAGAGUGGCACCGAGUUGACAAAGACCUGUAUCUCGGUAGAACAUGGACCACGAGCGCCUACUUGUAUGUCAUGCGCAAGCAUGAGGAGGACCUCACCGAGGAAGACAGAGUUGUGGUGGAUGUUGCCGUUGGUAGACUUCAACCCCAGCCUAAGGGCGAAUCCGAUGACCCUUGGGAGCCUCGCGCUGCGGGUAUCUGGAUCAAGCGUUCAGCCAAGAGGAAGGCUAGCGACUCGAAGCAAGCUGUGACAGACCUUGAUGUUCUCUUCGGAGAUGAUGCUGUUGAGGCAAGAGAAGGAUAUGCGGUCACGGGGACACCCCUGCUACUGAAUACAGGCGGCCACCUCCUUUGUGUUCAACUCACUGUGCGCCGAGGCCCGGCCCGUGAGGUUAAGAAGCCGCAACCCAGGAUCAACAAGGAUGGACGAUACAAGAUUAUGCAGAUCGGUGAUCUACAUCUUAGUACCGGGGUCGGCGCAUGCCGUGAGGCGGUUCCUGAUUCCUACAAUGGUGGGAAAUGCGAAGCUGAUCCCAGGACACUGGACUUUGUCAACCGGAUUCUUGAUGAUGAGAAACCUGAUCUCGUAGUACUAAGUGGUGACCAAGUCAACGGUGACACAGCACCAGACGCACCAACUGCCAUGUUCAAGAUCGUCUCGCUCCUCAUUGAACGAAAGAUUCCUUAUGCAGCCAUUUUCGGCAACCACGAUGACGAAAAGACCAUGUCUCGCGAGGCGCAGAUGGCAAUUAUGGAGAACCUUCCAUACUCACUUUCUACUGCCGGUCCAGCUGAAAUCGACGGCGUUGGCAACUACUACGUUGAAGUUCUGUCUCGUGGGAAGACCGACCAUUCGGCGUUGACCAUUUACCUUCUAGAUACCCAUGCUUACACACCUGAUGAGCGCAACUUUCCCGGAUAUGACUGGGUUAAGCCUAACCAGAUAGAGUGGUUCAGAAAGACAGCCGCCGGUCUCAAGAAGAAUCACAAUGAGUACACCGGCCGACAUAUGGACAUCGCCUUUAUACAUAUUCCCCUGACGGAAUAUGCUGACCCAGCACUACCGCGUGUUGGUGACUGGAAAGAGGGAGUUACCGCCCCCGUCUAUAACUCUGGCUUCCGCGAUGCCCUAGUGGAACAGGGUGUCGUCAUGGUCAGCGCAGGACAUGAUCACUGCAACGAUUAUUGCUCCCUAUCUAUGACAGGCGAGGGAGAGACAAAGAUUCCUGCCAUGUGGAUGUGCUACGCUGGUGGUUCCGGCUUCGGCGGCUACGCCGGUUACGGUGGCUACCACCGUCGCGUACGUCUAUUCGAGGUCGACACCAACGAAGCCCGUAUCAAGACUUGGAAACGUCUUGAAUAUGGCGACACAGCUUCUCGCAUACACGAGCAGAUUAUUGUCGAUGGCGGCAAACCACACCCCCUUCCUCCACCUGCAUGA